AUGCUUGACGACACAGUGGACCUGAUUACAAUUGAUGUACUGGGAACAAGGCAUCGCCAAGCAUUUGUGCAAGCUCUGAUGAGAGUAGUGGAAACAGACGUAGCGGAAAGAACUUUCGCAGAGAUCAUUGAUGGACUUCCUACGAUUGACUCGUAUCAAGAAUUCCACUGGCCGCAAGACGGCCAUCCUGCUACUCAACAUCUCGACGUUUGCCCAGGAACGAUUGAGAAAGCUCGCCAGCUACGUUGCGACCUUCCAUCGAGAAUGAGCUUCCAUCUACCGUUACUAUGUGCUUUCGAAGAAGCCACUAUAGAUUCACGGUCAUUCUACUUAAGACUGUUUGAGCUGCUAGCAGUGUCUAUUCAUCAGAUUGCGGUAUACUUAUAUCAACAAGAUGGCGCCAACCAUACACAUCGAGACUACCAAAAGUGGAUAGACUCACCACGCGAUACCAGUCAAUGGGAUGGGUAUCGACACCCAACAGCUUUCUGCCACACCUUUUAUAUCGCGGUUGAGCGAUACCCCAACGGGGUUGCCGAUACCGUCGGAUACUGGGCUGAAGCAAAGAUAUUUGGUGGGGUCUUCGUCUUUAAUCGUGGGGAAUCGGAAUCAGAGUGUAACGAGCUGUACCUGCAUGCAGGGCGACGAGCAGGUCCCUUUACUCUAUUCCCCCUCACAACAAAACAGUUUGAGAGACUCGUCGAUUUUCUUCUAGGAGAGACAGAAGAACCUGCUGCAUCGCGAAGUCCUCUUCCGUUUACAGCGACGUCUGAGAAUCGUUGGCGGUGGCAUACUUGGGACGCCAUGGCCCGAUAUCACAUAUUCCGUGAUAAGUACGAGCGAUCCGUCCAACCAACCAAACCAACUGGUUGUGUCAAGUCUGUGGUAGACUGGCCAGAGAUAGCUGAUGAGCUAUAUCUGAUCGGUGCAAUGCACGACUAUUGGGAUGGUCAGCCAAUAGAUAAGAGUAAGGUCCGGACGGCUCUGGAGCUUUUACAACAGAUCACUCCUUCUUCACCAGUUUGGCCAAAUAGGAACGCACAUUCAUGGACAAAGGAUCUUCUUGAAUAGACUUCAUAUCAUAUCCAGAAAUACGCGCCAUGAAUCCCUUACCAAUUUCCAGUGAACUGGGGAUAGCUUGGGGUCUUGACCUCUCUAUCAGGGUAUACGCCGCCCCUCUGUGGCUGCAUGCCCUCCCAUUUUGCUUUUGCUAAUUCUCUCUUCUCCUCCACGGCACUCCUCUCGGAGUUAUCAGAAGUUUUCUCCUGUAUCACCUCCUUGUUCUCAUACUUUCCCGAUUCAUUAGGUUGAGUGUCUUCCUUGCUUACAAUCUGCCAUUCGUCCUCGGUGUCUGGGUUCGAGGCUGGGUUGAAAUCAGCGAAAUUGACAAAAGGGAGAGAUCUCGAGUUUUGAACUCCUUACCGGCUGUCAACUUUUCGUUGUGAUUGUCUGAUGACAUUGUUGGCUCUUUCAAACUCAAGGUUUCGUAGUCUUACUUUGUAAUACGUAGGUUCUGUUCUGAUUCCCUGGGUUCAAUGGAG